AUGCAAAAGAGCAUUGCGAUUGCGGUCGCAUCUUCAGGGAUUGCUGCAACUUCGCUGCCUGGCAGCAGAACUGCACACUCCACCUUUAAGUUGCCCAUCAAUUUAACGAAGUCAGAAACACCUCCCUGCAAUAUAAGCAAGAACUCUGACCAGGACCAAGUGCUGAAACGCUGUCAGCUUAUUGUGUGGGACGAGUGUAUUAUGACCCACAAGGGAGCCUUCGACGCAUUAUACAAAACCCUUCAGGAUAUCAAGGGCUGCGAAGCCCCCAUGGGAGGUAUUACGCUUUUGUUUUCAGGUGACUUUAGGCAAACUCUUCCUGUUAUCUCCAAAGGCACGCGAGCAGAUGAGGUUCAAGUAUGCCUUAAGUCGUCUCCGCUCUGGCGUCAUGUCAGGUCACUGACCGUGACUAUCAACAUGAGGGAUCGAUUGCUCGGUGACCAAACGUCGGCUUACUUCGCAAGUGACAUUCUGAAACUUUGCGACGGCAAAGUGCUUUUUGAUGCUGAUGGGGAACUGGACGUCCACCCGUUUGCAACUCCCGUUUCAUCUUUGGCGGAACUCGCCGAUAAAGUGUUUCCCCAUUUAAAAGAUAAUUAUCUCAAUCAUACAUGGCUGUCUGAAAGAGCAGUGCUGGAUCCGACAAACGUGACCGUUACAAAACACAAUGAUCAACUUUCGCAGUCACUUCCCAGUGCUCCUUUCGCAUACAAAUACGUCGAUACGAUGGUAGAUGCGAAUUAA